CGACGACGACACCGACACCGCUGCCGCCGCCCACAUCGUCACCGUCACCGCCACUCGACGUCAACAGCAGCACCGGCCGCCGUCGCAGCAGUUCGAUCGUCACGUGGUACACACCCUCCACCCGAGCCUUCGGUCAUCUGCUGGUAAACACUAAACAAACGGGCACACCACCGCCUUCCACCGUGCCCAAGCACACGCACACCACUAUCGCGCCAGCGCGCGCGCGCACACACACACGCCACACACACACCACACACACACCACACACACACACACACACGCACGCGUUCGUUCGCACUCGUACUUUGGUUUUUCGUCGUUCGCGUCGCUGUCCGUCAUCGCCGCCGUUUCGGGGAAAAAAAAAAUAACAGCAGCAGCAGCAACUCUCGCCGUCUCACUCACUCUCUCUCUCUCUUCCUCAUUCGCUCACGGUCUCUCGUCCGUCCAUCACUCUGUCUCUGUCUGUCGCGGUCGGAACGUCUGUACACGGCCGUCGAGUGUGCGUGUGCGCGUAACGCAACGCGUCGUCGAUUCUGCCGCGCCGAGUACGUCUCGUGCACACACACCGGUGCAGGUUAUUCGCCUACACUCGCCCGGGCCUGACGACCACAACACUGCCGCAGCAUCGACACGAACCACCGCCGCCACCGUACCGCGAUAUCAUCGUCGUCGCGUGUGUUAUCGUCUCUAUCGUUCGCCGCGAUAUCAUCGCCGUCCGCCGAAGUGCAGUGGUGUACACAUACACGCGCGCCCGCCCGCUGUCCGUCCGUCGCAUCAGCAUCAGCAGACACGGUGCUACGUGUGCACCAUGUCCGACACGGAUUGGACGCUGCACGCGCUCAAGUCAAUGCCCGGUAGCCCGACUAACGUGCAAUGGGCCCCGGACCAGGACGUGACGGGCGUGAUCGCCAAGCUUGAGGGCCGCGAGCUCGAGUACUUGAUCCGACAGAAGCGCAUCGUCAUCGGCCGGAAUAGCUCCAAGGGCCAGGUGGACGUGAACAUGGGUCACUCGAGCUUCAUAUCUCGGCGUCACCUGGACGUGCUGUACGAACACCCGAACUUCUAUCUGACGUGCCAUGGCAAGAAUGGUGUGUUCGUGGACGGCGUGUUCCAGCGGAAGGGCGCCCCGGCGCUACAGCUGCCCAGGAGGUGUUUAAUGCGAUUUCCUAGCACAACAAUUCGGCUAGUAUUUUAUUCUUUGAUAGAUGAAAUGGCACCACCUCCUGUACUACAACAGAAUACAUUUAUUCAAACUCAAACUAGACCAAUUGCUACACCUUCAAGAAGUUAUGCAAGUCCUUUGAGUAUAAAUAUUCCUCCUCAAGUCAUCAAACAAGAACCUUCGACUUAUUUAUCAAAGGAAAAUAGAUUUAUGAGUCCUUUUCCAUCUCCUACUGGCACUUUAAGUGCUGCUAAUUCCUGUCCAACUAGUCCUAGAGGAGGACAUAACCGACAUACACUUGGACCAGAUUUGCAAAUGGCAGCAUAUGCAGCUGCAGUAGCUCAUCCUGGUCAAAUAGGUGUAAUUUCUACUCCUACAUCAUCUGCUAUUUAUGUAGAAGAAAAUAAACACUUAAAUAAUAUGUCUAGUCAGAAUAGCCGAGAUGAAGAAACUAGCCCAUUAGAUGCAACUGUUUUUGAUGUUAGCAUUGGUAGCGAACCAUUUGUUAGUGAUUUUUAUAGAAAUGGUACAUCAACAUCCACGGGACAAAAUUACAGUCCUCCUGAUACUGUUAUCCAGGACAGAUCAACACCUAUAAAUAAUAACAAUAGCAAUAGCAAUUCUAAUGCAAAAUCUAAAGAUGAAUCCAAACCACCUUAUUCAUAUGCUCAACUCAUUGUACAAGCGGUUGCUUCAGCUUCUGAUCGUCAGCUUACUUUAAGUGGAAUUUAUUCCUAUAUUACCAAAAAUUAUCCAUAUUAUCGAUUUGUGGAUAAAGGGUGGCAAAACUCGAUAAGACACAACUUGUCAUUGAAUCGCUAUUUUAUAAAGGUUCCUCGUUCACAAGAAGAACCGGGAAAAGGAGCUUUUUGGAGAAUUGAUCCUUCAUCUGAACAAAAAUUAAUUGAGCAAGCUUUUCGGCGUAGACGUAUAAGAGGAGUGCCUAGUUUUAGACUUCAUAAUUCAUUUGGAAUGUCUUCAAGGAGUGCUCCUCCAUCACCAAGUCACAUUACUGGUGGUGAAUUAUCAAUCGCAGAUUCGUUAUCUAGAGAAACUUCACCAUCGCCUCCAGUUUCUUCUUCAGACCAACAACAAGAUGAAGUUUGUUUGGCGAAUUCUAUCUCAAACCAAAUUAAAUCACCAAAUAAAAUUUCUCAUACUAAUGGUGUUGGUGUGCUUCAUUAUGUUUCAUCAACAGCUAACAAUGAAGCUUUAGAAAUGCAAAGUCCUCAGCAAUUGACUUUUUUAAAGUCACGACUAGUCUUGCCAGUGACAACUUAUAGUAAAUCUACAACUAGACAUAUUACAAUAGUUAACAAUGGACUUCCAACAUCUCAGUCAGGAAGCACAACUAAAACUAACUUAAAUUUUAUUGCCUUUCCUCCACCAAUCAAGGAGUCUUUAUUGCCACAAGCUCCUGUUAUUGUACAAGCUUUAGAUCAGACAUUUGAUGCUUCUAAGCUGAAUCAUGCAUUAAAUAUUGAUAAAGCAGUUAACCACCAUAAACAAGUAGAAAAUAAUGAACUACAUGAGGAUAUAUCUCAAAAUAACCCUACUCAAGGCAUAGAAAUAGAAUCUGGAGAAUUUGGAGUUCAAGAUAUUCAUGAAGAAAUUAUUGACGAUACUCAAAAGACAACGGGAGAAAAUGUAGAACAGUCAUCUAAGAACUUCAAAUCUGAAGAAUCUUCUGAAAAUGGAAAUCAACAAGUUGUUGGUGAAGAAAUUGAAGAGGAGGAAGAAAUAGUCGAAGAUAACAAUUUUGAAGAAUCAAAAGAACCGGAUACUAAUUAUUCUGACAAUUUUCAAGAACCACAAGCUAAGCGUGCCAAAUUAAACUAUUAUCAACAAGAAAUAAAUGGCGUCCCUUAAAGGUAAUUUAUAUAAUAUUAAAAGUUUAAACAUGUUAUUGUUAUGAUAUUUGAAUAGGUCUUAUCGUAAGACAAUUUUUUUUUUCUGUACAUAAAUUAUGUAUAAAUAUUAAGUGGGCUACAAAAUUAUUGUUAUUGUAAUACAUUGUUUUCUUUAAUUAAUUAUGAAUUAUCUAGCUUAAAUCAAACUAGGUAUUUCUCUCUGUCAAAAUAUUUAGUUAUUUUAUGAAUUAAGUAAUAUAUUUUUAUUUUUUGCUUGUGCAGAAUUAUAGGCAGUAUAUUAUGUUAUAAGAUACCCUACUACAUUAAUAACAAAGUGUAUUUGUAAGAAUAUUGUAUUUUUGCUAAACAUUUUUUAUGACUGUUCUAGCUAUUAUGAUAUUAGACAAAUUAUCAUUGCAAUUAUAAAAAAAAAUCCAAGUAAACAAGGUAGCCCUACAUUUGACAUGAUGACCGUCAUUAUUAUUUUAUCCUAUGUCUCAUUAUGUUCCUUGUAAAUAACCGUAAUAACAUAUCUAUUGUAAAAAAUAAUUUAAUUCCAAUUAAUUGACAAUUUAAUUUUGGUUGAUAGGGAUCUAUUUCUUUUGAAAGUGCAAUUACAUUUAAUCUUUCUAUAUUUUUUUCUUUUGUUAUUAUUUUUUUGUUGAUUAUAAAUGUUAUCAAAUUAAAAUAAAUUGCCAUAAUUUUUAUCUGUAUGUGGACAAAAGCUUUUUUUCAGUUUUUAAUUGUUUGAGAAUUUUGAUGUUAUGAAGUUCAUUUUUAAUAAAUAUGUGAUUGGACAUUUUAUAUUAUACAAAAAAUAUAAUAUAAUUAUUUUUAUAAAAUAAGUUUUUGUCUACUUAAUAAAAUGUGUUACCAUUUGUGUUUAGAAAGAUUUAGUUUACAUUGGUAUUAAAAUUAUAUAAAAUUAAAUUUAAACUAUAAUCAAUUUGUUGGGUUUAAACAUAAACAAAAUUAUUAUGUUGGAUUUUUAAACAUCUUGUACAUUUUCCUUGUUUAUUUAUAUAUUAUAAAUAUUUCAAAAGUAUUUUUCAAUCAGCGAAUAAUUAUUUUUUCAUUUAGUUCUUUACUAAUAAAAAAAAAAAUAAUAUGCACAAAUGCAAAUGUGUAUCUAUAAAUAUUGUAUUGUUGUCUUGGGCGUCUUUAUUUGAUGGAUGUGCGUGGGACCCGGCCCUACCAUAUUUAUGUGUACCCCGUCUCUAGUUGUAUUAACCUAAGCAGUUCCGACAAGCACAAAUAUUUUUUUUUUAAAAGAUUGUAAUAAACAUGAUGUUGUUAGUAGUAUUUAUACAUUAUAUCAUAUAAUAGAUUCAAAUUGUAUUAAGGAAUAAAAAUAGUCAACGCAAUACUUUUUUAGCACACUUGUAAGUGUAAUAUAAGAUUACUAUUUACUUUAUUUUGUUGAGACAUUAAAUUUAUAAAUUAUUUAA